AGUCGCGAUAUAACAUUAUAGUGCGUUGUACCGAGUGGCGCGGUGACACACUGAAACAGUGAAAUCAAACCGCCAGCAUAAUGUACGGCAAUCAGCGCUCGAGUCGCUAUCGGCAAUCGCUCAUCGGCCAUCAGCCAUAACGCAGCCGUUCAGGCGUUCGCUCAGUGCGCCGGGCUGAGUAGUUGCCGUCGUUGUGUUGCGCGCGUGCGCCCCGUCGUACGGUCAACGUCGCCGCCACACUGUUAAUUUGUCGUCGGACGGGGGCAAAGUACACGUUUUGCCGUGCUGUUCGCCGCCAAGUCUCACUCGUCGGUCACCGUCGUCGUUUGAAUAAUUUUUCUCACCUGCACGCUGUCUCGUACGUCGUUUCUCAUCAUCGAGUCCGUCGACGGCGCAUCGUACAAAAGAGCAGAUUUCGUGUGAAAAAGUUCGCACUUUUUUUUUUCCCGUUAAUUAAUUUGAACAAGGUGAUUGAAGAUGCCGAGAACUAGCAGUCGUAAAAGGAACAGCCGUCGAAUUGAUAGUACAGUUAGGGUGACUUCCAAUUUAUCACCAAACGCACCAGAAUUUGUUCCCAAUGCAAAUGAUGAGACUACUGCUAAUCAAAGAGAAAAUAUAGUAAUUCAGUCAAUGACAUUUUGUGGAAGUUCCAGUGCAUCAAAUAGUAGUGGAAAUAGUAGUAACUCUACCUAUGAAGCUACAAGUAUAUCAUCUAUACCAGAUACAUCAAAAAAUAAGGGUCAAAGAGAUUUACUUAUUAACCUUUUGAAUGAAAGCAAAGUAGAUUGUGUAAUAUGUUAUGAACGAGCUAAAAACGUAGAACAGAUUUGGAACUGUCGUAAUUGUUACCAAAUUAUGCAUUUAAAAUGUGUAAUAGUUUGGUUCGUUAAAUCCCAUCGUAGUGCGAUCUGGAGAUGUCCAGCUUGUCAAUGUGAAGUGAUUGGAAAACCAAAAUAUGUGUGUUUUUGUGGUACUGUUCCAAAUCCAUAUCAUAACAAUGUGGACAUACCUCAUUCUUGUGGUCAAGUUUGUGGGUUGCAAAAAAAAAAUCCUAAUUUAGAUUAUGAUGAUUGUCAUCAUAAGUGUACACUACUUUGUCAUCCUGGUCCUUGUCCACAAUGUGUUGUACAAGUUUUAAGAUCAUGUGGAUGUGGAAAAAAACGAGUUUAUGCUCUAUGUGGACAGUCAACCAAGGUAGUCUGUAACAAUGUUUGUCUUAAGAAAUUAAACUGCCAAAUCCAUGAAUGUGAAAAAAUGUGUCAUGCUGAUAGCUGCGAACCAUGUAAUAAGGGCUGUCCUCAAAUGUGUUAUUGUGGUAAAUCGGAGCGACAAGUACCAUGCACUGUAGAGAAUGCCAUGGUGAUGUAUUACAGCUGUGGAAGUCUGUGUGAAAAAAAAUUGUCUUGCGAAAAUCACUUAUGCCAGAAACUGUGUCAUGUUGGUCCAUGUGAGCCAUGUAAAGCAUUAUCUGUUAAUACAUGUCCUUGUGGAAAACGGCCAUUAACUGAAGAUGAACUUAGCUCCCGUACAUUAUGCACACAACCAGUACCCACAUGUGACCAACCAUGUGGAAAACCUCUAGAAUGUGGUCCCCCAGAAAAUCCUCAUCUAUGUGAACAAAAGUGUCAUGAAGGCCCGUGUGUUCGUUGUGAACUAAAAACCAAAUAUGUAUGUAAAUGUGGUAGUAGAUCCAAGGAAAUAAAAUGUAAUUCUGUGACCAGUGAAUUGACUUGCAAAAAAAAAUGUAACAAGAUGAUGUCUUGCGGUAAACAUAGAUGUAUGACAGUAUGUUGUAAUGCACAAGAACAUGUAUGUACCAGAACUUGUAACGGACUAUUAAAUUGCCGUAUACAUCGUUGUGAUCGUGUAUGCCAUACUGGUAGCUGUGCAAUGUGCUAUGAAGCAAGUUUUGAAGAGUUGUAUUGUCGAUGUGGCAAUAGUUUCAUUACUCCUCCUAUCAGUUGUGGUACUCGUCCGCCAUUAUGUACAUUACCUUGUUCAAGAGAACAUGAAUGUGGUCAUCCAGCUACUCAUAUAUGUCAUGACGAGGAAGAAUGCCCUCCUUGUAUAGCUUUGACUGAAAAAUUGUGUUUUGGUGGUCAUGAGCUGCGAUUUGCUAUACCAUGUCAUAUAAAAAACGUGUCGUGUGGAAUGCCAUGCGGAAUUCCACUUCCUUGCAAUAGACAUACUUGUGCCAAACCAUGUCAUGCACCGCCAUGUAAUACAGGUCCUUGUCGGUUACCAUGCAAUUUACCAAAGUUGGAUUGUAAUCAUCCAUGUUCUAAACCUUGUCAUAAUGGUCCGUGUCCGUCAAUAGCAUGCAAAAUAAUGGUGAGUGUUAGUUGUAUUUGUGGAAAUUUGACAGAAGUUAGGAUAUGUUCUGAUCCCAAAUUGGUUGAAUAUCGCCUUCAAGUUAAAGCACAAUCAAUGAGCUUACUAGACAAUAUUGUUGACUCAUCGCCAACUAUAAAAUCAUAUAAAAUUUUGGAGUGUACAACAGAAUGUGCUAAAUUAGAAAGAAAUCGUCGUAUUGCCCUAGCACUUCAAAUUCGCAAUCCAGAUUUAUCUCCCAACGUCACUCCACGGUAUUCAGAUUUCAUGAAAGAAUUUGCGAAAAGAGAUGCGCCGUUUUGUAAUUAUGUCCAUGAAAAACUUGCUGAAUUAGUAACUAGUGCUAAACAAUCUAAACAAAAUUCUCGAAGUCAUUCAUUUGAAGUAAUGAGGUAUGAAAAACGAAAAUUGAUUCACGAAUACAGUGAACAUUUUGGAUGUGAAUCAGUAGCUUAUGAUGCCGAACCAAAUAGAAAUGUUGUUGCUACAGCUCUUAAAGAAAAAUCAUGGCUUCCUAAUUAUAGUGUAGUAGAAGUUGUACAACGUGAAAGCGGAUGCCCACGAGUCAAUCCAUUUGCAAGCAUUCAAAAACGAAACACCGUUAUUUUAAACAAAAAAUUCUAAAAUAAUUAAAAUACUAUAUAUAUAUUUUAAUUUAGAAUCUAUUAAUUUUAAAAUUACCUUAAUCAUUAAAACACAUAAUUAAAAAAACGCAAUUUAAUAAUAUUAAAUAUAAAAGUAUAUAACAUUUUUUUCUUACAAUAUCAAUUUUAUUGGUUGUGGAUAUUUAUUUUUAUUAAUAGUAAUUUGUUGAUUAUUGAAUACAUAUAUGUAUUUUGAUUAAUUAAGUUAAUAAUGAUAUAUAUAUAUUUUAGACAAAUAAAACCAUUAUUUACAGUAACAUUGAGUAGUUUUUUGUUUCUAGAACUCAAGUGUUUCCUUAAGCAUGAGCACAUAACUGUGGAGUUUAGAAUAUAAGUAGGAGAUUUAUUUCAUUGUAUUUGUUAUGCAAAUAUUUGACAUAAUAUAUACCAAGUGGCAAAUUUAAAAAGCACCCUUAAUUCAAGAGGAUAAAAAAUAUAUUAUUACCUUUAUGUAAUAUUAAAAUCUGGAAGCUAAUUUUUUGGACAGCGGUAUCUGAAGUUUUAUUUGACUGACUUUCAUGAUUUUCUUUUAAAACACAAAUGCUAAAUAUGAAGAUAAGCCAUCUAAUGAGAAAACUCCAAAAAUGUAUUAAUUAAAUAGUUUUUGGAAAUGUUUUGUUUUUUGUUUACUUAUUUGCAAAGUGACAUACAUUUCUUGCAUUAUUCACGAAUACCUUAAUUAGCCCUAUUCUUACUGCUGUGCCAUUGCUGUCAUCAUCAUGAUAUAGAUUUCCUAAUUUUUAUUAAUCCUCAAUAUACUAUUUAUAAAUAUUAAAUAAAAGUUAAAUCACACUUGAUUUAUUGAGUCUUUGAAAUUGGCCAACAUUAUGGGAUUUUCGGCCAAUUUAUUUUUCAAAGUAGUAUUAUUUAAUCUAAUCGAUGGUAUUAUCAUUGAUAUAGUGAUAUGUAUUGUAUAUUAUACCAGUGGCGAACGCUGACUUCGAAGUAUUAUAAUUUACAAUUAAUAAAUUGUUGACAGAUAUACAGAAGCUGAAGGUAAAUAAUAAUCAGAUUGGACUUAUGUAAUAUAAUAAUAAGUAUAAUUAAACGAUGUACAAUACUGUUAUAAGGCGUAAUAUAAAUCAACGACUAACUGUGUACACCGACUGUACUACACAAGACAUACAUAUAUGUUAUAGACGUUAUAGUUUUAUAAAAAUGUAUAGUCAGAGUCUGCUGAACUACAGUAUGAAUAUAUUACUUAUUCACUACAUGAUACAGGGUGUUUUAUUUUAUAAUUCCAACACUUUCCCUUAAACAAUACACCCUUAUACAUCAAUAUUUAUAACUCUUAACAUCUCCCUUAGCUCAUUGAACCGCGUUCAUGGAGUUGGUUUUGUCAUAAUUUCCACUAUCUGCUCUUAGCUGGAUAAUAUGUACUCCAAUGAAAAUAAUCUCUCAUUGAACUUUUCUCUUAUAUAGUGGUAGCUAACAUCUAUGUGCUUGGUUUUUCUAUGAAACUCUGGAUUUUUUACGAGUUUAAUAGCACUCUGGUUGUCUCCAUACAUUAUUGUUGACACAAUUUUCGGCUUGUCCAGCAAUUCACCUAAAAACAAUUUUAACCAAGUUAAUUUUUGAACUGCUCGACUUAAAGCUAUGUACUCUGAUUCAGUCGUGCUAAGGCUAACACACUGUUGACGUCGUGAACUCCAUUUUAUACUUCCAGAUCCUAAUGUAAAUACUGACCCCGAUUUGUAUCUAAGUCACCUGCAUAGUCAGCAUCACUGUAUCCCUUUAACACGAGUUUUUGUCUAGAUCUAAAUAUUAAUCCAAAAUUAAUAGUUCCCUUUAAAUAUUUUAAAAUUCGUUUCACUGCUGUCCAGCGUUGUUCCUUAGGAUCAUCGAUCUGUCUACUGACUAGAUUUACUGAAAAAAUGAUGUCUGGUCUAGUAAUCUGACUGAGAUAUAAUAAGUUACCAACUGCUUCACGAUAUGGUACUUUACUAAGUUAGAUUACACUGACUGCAAUUACACGAUCAUUAAUCUUAAAUGUACAACUUUUACUGUCUGUCACCAUCGUAAUUCCUUUAUCAAGGCAUGCCUCACAAGAAAAUAAAUUUACCUUUAGAUCAGGUACAUAUAAAACAUUUUCUAAAUAGCCUUUUAUUCACUUAUUGUCAACAUAAGAAUGAAUAUUUGUUACCUUUUCCGACUGCCAUAAUAUGCUUACCAUCUCCAAUAGGUAAGUACAGGCGAAUGCACAUCAAACUUUUUAUAAUUAACGAACCACAUUUUUCGAUUUGUCAUGUGGUCGCUCGCACAUGAGUCUACUGUCUACAUACCAUUUGUCUGAAUCGUCGAUUUCUUUGUACACCAAUAAGCGCUAAACCGGAAGUUGAUUUCUUUUCUUUUUGUUCCUUUUUGAAUAUCCUGCAGUCCCUUUUCCAGUGUCCUGGUUUUUUACAAUGAUUACAUUUUCCUGGUCUUUAACUGUUGCUAAAAUUUUCGCGUUUGGCCUUUUUUGAAAAAUGUUGUUUCUGUACUUGUUGUGGCAAGUGCAUUUUUUUUGAACUUGAAAACUGGUACCUUGAGUCAAUCUAGCUUAUUCUACCAUAAGCCUCGAUGUCAGAUUUGUCACUAUGUCAGCGGCUUUACACGCACACUUAUCGUUAUCGUGUCCGUUUUUGAUUUAUAACAAAAUAUGUUUCCGGUGACUUGGAUGCUGUGAUUUUUUUCGACAAUGAGAACGAGGGUAGAAAUGACAAAAAAAUUAACUCGCGUUCAGACUUUAUUACAUCGAGGUGUGUACAUAAUAUGAAUUAUGAUACAUAAUAUUAUUAAUAUAACAAAAUAAAAUAAUACACAGUAAAACGAAGUAUGUUAUUUUUGAUAAUUAUUAAGCUUCGGCGAGAAUUUGAGUUAUAAGUUUAAUAAUAUAAAAAAUAUUAUGAAAUUUAAAAAUAUGCUGGCCGGUUGGAAUAAUAAAGUAUAUGGCUAGUAAAAACAUGUUACUAUGUACAUGGUUGUCUUGGAAAAAUUCUAAAAAACUCAGCACAGUAGCGUUUUAAGUUCACUUGCAUUUUGGAGUUUGACCAUAACGCACACGUACGUUAUAAAUUUAAUUUAAUUUAAUUUUUGCGCCUAUAUAGUAGGUAUAUUCACCAAUAGUCAAUAAUGGAUUCAAAAAAAAAAGAUGGAGACUACUACUAUGUAGUAUCUCCAAUCAACAUCGUUAUUGAAAUCCUAUUGACCGCGACUUCAAAAGUUUACAGAACUGUGAAAGACCAGAAACGAACACACAAAAGUAGGAUGGCUAGAGCGUGGCAUCGGAUAGCGACAUCGCUUUGCCGCUGUGUGUACGUGGAGGAGUGAGUUUGCAACUUCGGUCGAGUGAAACUAUAACGGAAGACGGCCCCGAUGACUAUACGGCUAGCAGCGUUCCGGCCCUGCGGUAUCUGCAUGACGGUAGCACGGGAGACGACACAUUACGACGGAAACGGUGGCGGAGACUUUACGGCGCAAUGCGGAUGAGCAACGCGAUUUAUCAUUUAGAACCGGAAACGCAGAGUGGCGUCCAGCGGGAUCUUCUCUAUAUACUCGUUCGCAGGGUUCAGUGGCGGUUGACUAUAUAUACUGGUAACAGCGGGGACGUGAUAGACGCGGCCUACUGUGGCAGGGACGCCAGGGACGAGGGUCUGUCGUCUAUCCCCGUGGUUAGUGACCGUCACCGGACACAGAUCGUUCACAGGAGUAUAGAGGAUUCCCUAGCGUAGUUCCGGCUAACGUGUCCCCGUUUUCCCAGCUCGAAAUGAAGCGUAUCGCGUUACUCGCGCCACAUAUUGUGCCGUAAAAUUUCCCCCGACAUCACCGUAAAUGGUAAAUAUAAUAUCCAUGUACUCUUUAAUUACUGAUACUUGAUACAGAGCCAUUUUACGAUAGGUUACCGAAAUUAAAAAAAUUAUAGUUUACAAUUUAUAAAAUAUAAUCCGUAAUUGAUAUUACGAAAUACGCUGGCUGGAGACAAUAUAAUGUAAUGAAUUAUAAUAUCAUAAUAAAUUUUCAUAUUUUAUACAUGAAAA